UUUCACCUGAAGAGCAGAAAACAGACUUUAACACCUGAGUUCAGCCAGAUCCUCGUUUGGACCAGGGGUCUUCAACAUGUGGCCCGCAGCCCAAAACCGGCCCUCCAGAGGGUCCAAAACCAUGACAAGUUGUUUGAUCCGAAAAAGCUCAGUUUUCCGUCCUGACAGCGACCUUUAACACCUCCACCACACGCUGAGACAGCAAGAAGAGGACAAAACUUUAAGACUUUAACCUCGGGAUGGAUGAUCUGAUCUCCAGCUGGUUUCUGGACUCAGAUUCUCUACUUCCUGAUCUUCUGUCAGGAUGGAUGAUCUGAUCUCCAGCUGGUUUCUGGACUCAGAUUCUCCACUUCCUGAUCUUCUGUCAGCUGUUUUACAGAAACCCACAGCAGACAGGAAGUGGCUUCACCUCAGCGUCGGGUUUAUUUGGACGACCGUCGGCUGAGAUGAAGACGUCUCUUCUGAAGCUGCUGCUCAUGCUGACCACACUGCUGCACUGCAUAUCCAGCUCAGCCGCUCUGACUGUGAGUCCCAACAGAUCUCAGUUUUUUGAAGGAGAUUCUGUUUCUCUGAGCUGUGAGGAUGAAGACAGCUCUGCUGGAUGGACUCUGAGGAGAAACACCACCACAGAAACCAGAACUCCGUGUGAUGAAUGGGGAGAAGGAUCUGGUUCUACCUGCAACAUGAGUCACAUGGUUCCACAGGACAGUGGAGUUUACUGGUGUGAGUCCAGCCAGGCAGCAGCCAGUCAGAGCAUCAACCUCACUGUUCCUGGUGGAUCAGUGAUCCUGCAGAGUCCUGUCCUCCCUGUGAUGGAGGGAGAUCCCCUCACUCUGAGCUGUCGAUCAAAGCACGGCUCCCGCCUCCCGGCCGCUUUCUAUAAAGAUGGCUCCCUCAUGGGGACUGAGCCCGGAGGUCACAUGACCAUCCUCCAUGUUUCCAGGAGUGAUGAAGGCCUCUACAGGUGUAACAUCAGCAGUCAUGGAGAGUCUCCAUCCAGCUGGAUCUCUGUCACAGAGCCUGUGGCCUCAGCGACACGUCUUCCUCCUCCUCACCUUCCUCUGCUGCUGUCUGCUGCAUCCAUCGCUGGGCUGGUCGCCGUGACGAUUCUGGUUUUACUGGUGAGGCGACGACUUGGCGGCAAAACUGAAGUUCUUUGGUGUCUUCAUGUAUUGAUGAUGGAGUGGCUUCCAGGUGGAGCCUCAGAAGACGUGACGUACUCAGAUGUUGAGAUGUUCCACAAGCAGCAGCUGCUCAGACAGCACACAGAGUUUCCAGCCAAACCACAAGUCGUCUACUCUUCGGUGAAGACGCUUUCACUGCAGUCCAACCACUGACACCCACUCAGUCCUUCAUCCUUUAUUUAAUCAUUCAUGUAUUUUAUUUAAAUUUAUUGUCAGAAAACUGCAUGAACCAACAGCUGAGUGUUUCUUCUUUUCACCUUCAGAUGUGUUUUUAUGUUUGAAUCUGGUCCAACCCUGAGGUUCCAGUGAGCCGCUGCUUAAAUCUCAAUAUCAAGACAAGCUGUGGGUUUCACCAAGCUGUACAAUGGAAUAUUUAACUCUGGUUUCUUUGUGGUUUAAUCUGCAUUUUAAGUGUUUCAGCACUGAGAGGCGAGAACGAGAUCAUAAAACCACAACCACAGACUUUAAACAGAUGCUAGAAACCAACACGAGUCUGAAAGAAGAAAGUUUUCUUCAGUGAAACAACUUUCUCAUUUUAUAAAGAUGCUUAAACAUCCUUUGGUGCAUUAUUAUCCAAGUUUUGACAAUUUUUUGUCUUAAUAAUCCAUUUUUCAACACUUUGGAGCAUUAAUAUAUCAAUUCUUUUUGGGCUUUCAUGAAAUAAAAUCCAAGUUUUUGAUGCA